GGCUCUUCCGGCCGCGCCGCGGCCGCGCCGAUGGCGGUGAAUUACGCGGCCGGGCUGUCCCCGUACUCGGACAAGGGCAAGUGCGGCCUCCCCGAGAUUUUUGACCCUCCGGAGGAGCUGGAGCGGAAGGUGCAGGAGCUGGCAGAGCUGAUCCGCAGCUCCUCCCAUGUGGUGUUCCACACGGGGGCAGGGAUCAGCACGGCCUCGGGCAUCCCUGACUUCAGGGGCCCCAAUGGUGUCUGGACUAUGGAAGAGAAAGGGCUCUCCCCAAAAUUCGACACCACCUUCGAGAAUGCCAGGCCCUCCAAGACUCACAUGGCGCUGCUGGGGCUGCAGAGGGUGGGGAUCCUGAAAUUCCUGGUCAGCCAGAACGUGGACGGCCUGCACGUGCGCUCAGGAUUCCCAAGGGACAAGUUGGCCGAGCUCCACGGGAACAUGUUUGUGGAAGAGUGUGUGAAAUGUGGGAAGCAGUACGUGCGCGACGCCGUCGUGGGCAGCAUGGGGCUCAAGCCCACGGGACGCCUCUGCAGCGUCACCAAGGCCCGGGGGCUGCGGGCCUGCAGAGGGAAGUUACGAGACACUAUUCUGGAUUGGGAAGAUUCCCUGCCCGACCGUGACCUGACGCUGGCAGAUGAAGCCUGCAGGAAAGCCGAUCUCUCUGUCACCCUGGGGACCUCUCUGCAGAUCAAACCCAGCGGGAACCUCCCGUUGAUCACCAAGAAGAGAGGAGGGAAGUUGGUCAUUGUCAACCUCCAGGCAACCAAACACGACCGCCAGGCCGACCUGCGCAUCCACGGCUACGUGGAUGAGGUGAUGACCAAGCUGAUGAAGCACCUGGGGCUGGAGGUGCCCGAGUGGACGGGGCCGGUGGUGGUGGAGAGCGCCGAGCUGGCCAAGGGCGAGCAGGAGCAGCUGCAGGGGCGGCUGAAGGAGGAGCCCCUGGGCCAGCACAACGGCACCGCAGCGCCCCCGCAGCGGCUCAAGCAGGAGUGUCCCAGCCCGGACACGGGGCCAACGCCAGUGAAGAAGAUGAAGGUGGAGCCUCUCCUCACCUGACCUGGACUGUCCUUGUCUCACCUGGGCUGCUUUUCCUACUACCGACUUUUUUUUAUACCCUUAAAUAUUGUCCCUUUUUUUAUGUCAGUAUUAAACAUACUUGAAUUGUG